AUGUCCACGAACCACUCAAUGAUCCAGGAAUUGUCAUUGACGAAGAGGAUGAGUUCGUUGGUCUCGGCGAUCAAUGCUGUCUCGUCCUUUCUGGCUGGCGAGCAAAUACGCAAUGCUGCUGAUUUGAUAGAUCAGCUGCAACCCGUGCCUGCAGGCCAAGUCUCUGCUGAGACUGAUGUCAUCGUCUUUUGUGCAUCAGCUGCUCUAUACACUGCUGAAGCAGUGUUUUCAGCGGUUCAGCAACUCCAAAAAGAAAGAGGAACUCAAUUGCAGCAAGGCACUAUUGCGAAUAACCAUGUCGUCCUUGUUUUGUGUGGUGGCAUUGGGCAUUCGACGCAUCAUAUUCAUAAAGCAGUGUCGCGUCACCCCAAAUUCAAGGGUAUCUCUGACAGGGUACAAGGACAGCCGGAGGCCCGAGUCUUACAAGCUAUAUUUGAACAGUUCUUUGGGCUAGCUGCCGACGGCAACAGCAGCCUAAGCAUGUUAGAAUCAUCUCCCGACAGUGACAAGACAGAAACUAUCAAGGUCUUGAUUGAGGAUAAAUCGACAAAUUGUGGUGCCAACGCGUCCUUGUCCAAAAAGCUCCUGGAAGAGCACGCCAUCAGUAAUCCUCGCUCCAUCAUUGUGGCUCAGGACCCGACGAUGUGUCGGCGCACAGCAGCAUCGUUUGAAAAGCUGUACGAACAUGACCCAAAAACAAAACCUCGGAUCACCUGCUGGCCGACAUUUGUACCGCGGGUCCAAUUGGUAGACAGUCUUGCCAUGGGCUGUGCCAAUGUCGACCCACUCAGUCUCUUAUCGUUUGACACGUCGGCCAUGACUGCUUCAAGUGUUCAUGACUUGUGGGAUAUGGCGCGAUUUGCAGACCUCGUGAUGGGCGAGAUUCCACGCCUACGAGAUGAUUCCAAAGGCUACGGACCUCAUGGAAAAGGUUUUAUUGCGCACGUAGACCUGCCACAGCACGUUGAAGAGGCGUGGAAAACUCUCCGAGCAUCCUUAGGCACCACAGAUCGAGCAGGCCACAAGUAG